AACCAAGACGGAGCAAAACUCUGUUAGCUACUCGCUAAGUUUGCUUCAUCUUCUGUUUAGCAAUGUUACCGGCCUAAAGCAGCACAACAGCAAGCGUCAAAAUGCUUAGCGUUAUGGACUGCCAAGGGGAGACUGAUGGUGAAUUGUGCAGAUGGGCGAGUUCAGUGCUUGUGAACAGCAAAAAUGACCUCAGAGCACGACUGCAACAGUUUGUGGAGGAGAGGAUGCAGACCACCAUGCUCACAGGCGUGCUGAUUGGAGCUGCAGUCGCAGUCACACUCAUUGGGAUUGUGGUGCUCUUCCUUUACAGGAGAUACAAGCUUGCUCGUGAACAACAGCCUGGUGUGCCUCAUUAUCGCUUCCGAAAACGAGAUAAAGUGCUUUUCUAUGGGAGGAAGAUAAUGCGAAAGGUCCAGACGCUUUCCUCGAUUCCUCCUCCCACCUCUACCUCAGUAUCAAAGCAAACGCCUCGCAUACGCAAAAGAACCAAAGUUCUAAGCAUAGCUCGCAAAAUCCUGAGGAUCCGUAAAGAUCCUCCAACCCUGCAGCCUAAGGAACCUCCUCCAUCCCUGCUGGAGGCGGACCUAACAGAGUUUGAUGUGCAGAGCUCAAAUCUGCCCUCCGAGGUCCUCUAUAUGCUGAAAAAUGUCAGGGUAUUGGGUCAUUUUGAGAAACCCCUGUUCCUGGAGCUGUGUCGACACAUGGUGUUUAUCGAGCUGCAGGAGGGUGAAGGUCUGUUCAGGCCAGGAGACGAUGACGAUAGCAUCUACGUGGUCCAGGACGGACGACUUGAGCUCUGCAUCCAGGAGAACGAUGGCACAGAGCCAGUAGUGAAGGAUGUUCUUCCAGGGGACAGCGUCCACAGCUUGCUCAGUAUCCUGGACAUCAUCACUGGUUAUCCAGCUCCAUAUAAGACUGUAUGUGCACGGGCCGCAAUGCGCUCCACCAUCUUACGUUUGCCUGCAUCAGCCUUUGAGUCUGUGUUUAAGAAAUACCCAGAGACACUUGUUCGCGUCAUUCAGAUAAUCAUGGUGCGCCUCCAAAGAGUCACCUUCUUGGCAUUACAUAACUAUCUGGGCCUAACAACUGAGCUCUUCAAUCCGGAGUGCCAGGCAGUGCCCUUGUCCAAUAUAAACAGUGUGAUGGGAGAUGUGACUUCUGGGAAGAUGACUCGCCGUUUGCACUUCCAGGACGAGUUACCCACUGGGACAACGGAGAGCCAAACAGAGACGGAUGGUGUAAAGGACAGCCCUUCAAACAGCCACAGGAAGCUGCGAUCCACCUCGAUGCCCACCGACUGCGCAGGUAACGACCUGAACAUGGCUUGUGAACGAGCUCGAGUCACUAUAGAUGAAGCUCCAUCCAGUCCUGUCAUUCCCAAAUCCAGCCUGAAGAAGAGUGUGACAAUGCAGCACACGCCCUCUGAAGUGUUUCACUACACAGACAGUGGGGGGCACUCUGAUGCCAUUUACCUCAGUAAGAGCUGCACAAUCCUCCAGGCGGCGAAGAAGGACCUGCUGGGAAUCAUCCAGCUACAGGACCCCAGCCUGCUUGAAGGCAGAGUGACACUCCAUCAAGUCAAAGCUGGCUCUGUAGUGGCUCGUCAGGGAGACCAGGAGGUGAGCAUCCAGUUUGUGAUUUCUGGCCUCCUGCAUGUUUACCAGCGGAUGAUUGACCGUGAAGAAGACACACGUCUGUUUGUGACACACCCUGGAGAGCUUGUCGGUCAACUUGCCGUCCUGACCGGAGAGCCCCUCAUAUUCACUGUUCGAGCCCAGCGAGACUGCAGCUUCCUCUCCAUAUCCAAAACCCACUUCUAUGAGAUAAUGCGCGUGGAGCCAAAGGUAGUGCUGAACGUUGCUCACACGGUGGUGAAGAGGAUGUCAUCUUUUGUCAGACAGAUAGACUUUGCUCUUGACUGGAUGGCUGUGGAAGCUGGCAGGGCAGUCUACAGGCAGGGAGAAAAAUCGGACAGUACUUUCAUAGUGCUGAGCGGUCGACUGCGCUCUGUAAUCAUGAAGGAAGAUGGCAAGAAGGAACUGAUAGGAGAGUAUGGACGCGGCGACCUAAUUGGAGUGGUGGAGGCCCUGACCCAUCAGAACAGAGCCACCACAGUGCAUGCUGUCCGUGACUCCGAGCUGGCCAAGUUACCAGAAGGAGCUCUAAGCUCCAUCAAGAGGAAGUUCCCACAGGUUGUCACCAGGUUGAUCCACUUACUGGGACAGAAGAUCCUCCAGCAGGUCAAUGGUCCUCUGACAGCUCGUAGUUUGGCCCUCCACACUCCGGGUAGUAAGUGGGAUGCAGGGAACCAGGCCUCCAACCUCUCCACUGUGACAGUCCUGCCUGUGUCAGAAGAAGUACCUCUCACUGCCUUCACCCUGGAGCUGCAGCAUGCACUCAUGGCAAUAGGUCCCACUCUUCUGCUGACUAGUGAUAUUAUCAAACAGCGACUUGGAGUUGCAGCAUUAGACAGUGUCCAUGAGUACCGUCUGUCCAGCUGGCUGGGCCAACAAGAAGACAUCCAUCGCAUAGUUCUUUACCAGACGGACUACACACUGACCCCAUGGACACAGCGGUGCAUCCGUCAGGCUGACUGCAUCAUUAUUGUGGGACUAGGAGAGCAGGACCCCGCCGUUGGGGAGCUGGAGCGUAUGUUGGAAGGAAGUGCAGUGCGUGCCCAGAAGCAGCUGGUGCUGCUGCACAGAGAAGACGGCCCCCCACCCAAAGGGACUGUGGACUGGCUCAACAUGCGAAGCUGGAUCUCCAGACACCUCCAUCUUUCUUGUCCCCGAAGGGUUUUCUCUAAGAGGAGCCUGCCCAAACUGAUGGAGCUGUAUCAACGUGUGUUCGAGAAGCCAGCAGACCGUCACUCAGACUUUUCCCGCCUGGCUCGUGUCCUCACGGGCAAUGCUAUAGCUCUUAUCCUUGGGGGAGGAGGAGCCAGGGGCUGUUCCCAGGUGGGCAUUAUGCGAGCUCUCUGCGAGUCUGGUAUCCCAGUGGACCUCAUUGGUGGCACCUCUAUCGGUUCCCUGAUGGGGGCACUAUAUGCUGAGGACCGAAGCCACAGCCGCAUGAGGAUGAGGGCCAGAGAAUGGGCAAUGGAAAUGACAUCAGUGUUUAAGAAGGUUCUGGAUUUAACAUACCCGGUCACCUCCAUGUUCUCCGGUGCUUCAUUCAACUCCAGCAUCAGCAAUGUCUUUAAAAGCAAACAGAUUGAGGACCUUUGGAUCCCAUAUUUCAAUAUCACAACUGACAUCACUGCCUCGACCAUGAGAGUACACACUGAUGGUUCUCUGUGGCGGUAUGUUCGAGCCAGCAUGUCUCUGUCUGGGUAUCUGCCUCCUCUCUGCGACCCCAAAGAUGGACACCUGCUCAUGGAUGGAGGCUACAUCAACAACCUGCCAGCUGAUGUGGCGCGCUCCAUGGGGGCCAAAGUGGUGAUAGCGAUUGACGUGGGCAGCCGGGAUGAAACCAACCUCACUAAUUACGGAGACUCACUCUCAGGCUGGUGGCUGCUAUGGAAACGCCUUAACCCCCUAGCAGAGAAAGUAAAGGUGUUAAACAUGGCAGAGAUUCAGACUCGGCUGGCCUACGUGUGCUGCGUUAGGCAGCUAGAGUCUGUGAAGAGCAGCGACUACUGCGAGUAUAUCAGACCUCCAAUCGACAGAUACCGAACACUGGAGUUUGGCAAGUUUGAUGAGAUUGCUGAGGUUGGAUACCAGCAUGGAAAGACUGUGUUUGACGUGUGGAGUCGCAGCGGAGUGGUGGAGAAAAUGCUAAAGGACCGACACCAGGAGGAGUUCCACAACACCCAAAGCAAGAACAAUGUGGUGACGUGUCCCAAUGCUUCCUUUACUGAUCUGGCAGAAAUUGUGUCCCGCAUCGAGCCCGUCAAACCUGCUCUUGUUGAUGAAGAGUCAGACUACCACACUGACUAUGAAGAGGAGGCAGUGGAGAGCGCUCUGUCUGACAUGGAGCUAUACAAUCGCUAUGGAGAGCACACUGAAGGGGAGGAGACUGCUGACACGGAUGAAGAGCUGGAAGGGAGACAUGCACGCCACGUUACCUCACAUACCAGCAGCCACCCCCAGGCUACCACAGUCUCUGACAGUCAAUCAAACCAGGAAGUCCAUUAAGGAACGCUGCUUUGAACUCUGCCCUAUCAGGUCAUCACAAUUUUACCUUCGUCCUUUUACCCUUCAGUCUGUCAUGCAUGACUCAAAACCUGUCCCUUGACCCCGUGACGGUCAGUAAGACUGCAUUUACCGUUUUGCCCUUGUUAGCUCUGUGGCUGACAUAACAAAUGUGUGGCCCCUAUUAAAAAACAAGACAAAUGAAUACAUGCAGUCAUUUACUCAGCUGCAAAUCCUAUGCAUACCUAUUAUGUAGGAGCAGCUGCGAGUCCAAUCAUUUCUCAUAUUGAGAUUGUCUAGAGUACUUCUGCAGCUUUAUAUAAAUCACAACAGUGCAGUGGAAAAUAGAAGGUCUGUAGAUGCUAUUCUCAUUAAAUAUUUAUUACAUACAAUACGAUUACCCUUGGUUGAUAAUACAAAGAAACAGAUUUUAGGAGUUCCAACUAGAUUUAAGAUUUAAUUCAUCUAGACUACAAAAAAACUUGUUUCCCUCACUUGUCUGUUACCUAGGCAUGCAGAUAGUUUUGACAUAUCCAUCGGGGAGAUUUCUGCCACACACAACAUUAAGAGAUUACAUUAAAAAAAUUAAACACAUCCAAUUUUUUUUCUCAAAUUCAGCUAUGUACAACUCCUUAGACCAUUGAAAAUCCUUCAAAUGGAAAAGUCCAAGAAGGUAAAAUCACUCUCUGGUUGACCUGCUUACAACUACUAUCACCAGUAAUGUGAUGAAGGGUCACAAGAAGGCGUUACUUCAUUUUAGAAGUGCAGUCAGCGAUUCUAAUACAAUAUACUUUUUGUCAAAUUUAGCAAAUUGUCCAUUCUGUGUGUUCACUAAAGAAGAUCCAGUGUUUGUACACAGUCCGGGCUCUAAAUUGAAAAUAAAGUGUCUCAGACUGAAUCACACAACACUAUUCCUGCCAAUUAGCAAUAGGGGGCAUGUGUGUGCACAGGAAAGGACAGAGGAAAGGCCUCAAAUGUGUAAAGAGGAAGGCAGAGAGAGCAAGAGAGACAAUAAAUCUGGCACAUGCUAACAUGCUGAAUUGCACAGUCCAUUGAGAAGAGAUGUUUAAUUUUUUUAGGUUUUUUUUUUAGGGGUUUUUUAGUUUAAUUUUGGAGGGGCAGAAAUCUAAGAGCAAAUCAUGUCAAAACUAUCUGCAUAGCUAAAUACCAUUAGAAGAAAGUAAGACAAACAGUCAGUGGCCAUUUUAUUAGGUACAACUAUACACUACUACUAAGUUCAUAUUUAACUCUUUGAAACCUGCAUCAGUAUCAGUUUAGUUGUGCGUUCAGAUCCCUUUAAGCAUUAAAACCUUUUAGACAUGAGCAUGUUGGUUUGAUUUCUUUCUAAAACAUGCAGAAAAAAGGCAAUUAGCAAUGUGGCAUGAAAUAUCUGUCAAACUACAAAAAGUUAGUAAAUUAGAAAAUUGACUGAAAAUUAGCUAAAAAGUGAGAAUCAUUAGAAAAUUAUCA